AUGAUGGAUGAUUUUUGGAGCACGUUUUGUGGAGAAUCUGAUUGUCCUGGAAAUGGAGGAAAACCACCUUUCUGUUACGAUUUCAAGAUUUUGAAAGAUCCUUCUUCGUGCACCGACCAAUUCUUGAUCAUCUGCUUUGAUGUUUUACUACUGAUCAUGCUAGCAUUCAUUUUGAUGCAGAAGUCUUUUUUCAAACCAUUUCGUGGCAUUUGGGUUAUAGAGGAGGAAGUUAAGGAAGAACACACAUUCGUUUUUCCUCUUAAGUUGGUGGUUGGCAGAGCUCUUUCAAGGAUUCAGAUGGUUGUUAAUAAGCUUUUUCUGUGUGCUUUGUCCAUGUAUUAUACAGUAACUCCAUUUGCCAAAGCUGGAUUCUUUAGUAAGAUUACAUUUUGGUGGUUGAGUCCAUUGAUAAAAAAGGGCCAAAAGAAAACCUUGCUAGAUGAGGAUGUCCCAAAGUUGUCGGAGUCAGAUCGAGCAGAAAGGUGCUAUUCUUCAUUUGUAGAUCACUUGAGCAGGCAGAAGAAAAAGGAACCAUUGUCAGAAAAAUCAUAUUUGUGGGCGAUAAUUUUGUGCCAUCAAAGAGAGAUUUUGAUAUCAGGACUUUUUGCAUUGCUCAAGGUACUCACUCUGUCUGCUAGUCCUCUACUACUGAAUGCCUUUAUAUUGGUGUAUGAGGGUAAUGGAAGUUUCAAAUACGAAGGUUAUGCAUUAGCCAUAUCAUUUUUAUUUAUAAAGAUUAUAGAAUCCAUAUCACAAAGGCAAUGGUAUUUCCGUAGCAGACUUGUUGGUAUGAAACUUAGGUCACAACUUACUGCAGCCAUUUGCCAAAAACAGCUGAGAUUAUCCAACGCUGCUAGAUUGAUUCACUCUGGUGGUGAGGUAAUGAAUUAUGUGACUGUAGAUGCUUACAAGAUUGGAGAAUUUCCAUUUUGGUUUCACCAAACAUGGACAAUAAUUGUCCAACUAUGUACUGUAUUAGUAAUUCUUUAUAAUGCAGUUGGGCUUGCAACAAUUGCCGCAUUGGUGGUGAUAGUUCUCACAGUGCUUUGCAAUACUCCCAUAGCAAAGUUACAACAUAAGUUUUUGACCGAACUUUUGGUGGCAGAAGAUGAGAGAUUGAAGGCUUGUUCUGAGGCUUUAGUAAAUAUGAAAGUGUUGAAGUUAUAUGCGUGGGAAAUCCAUUUUAAAAAUUCUAUAGAAAGCUUAAGAAAUGUGGAACUCAAAUGGUUAUCUUCAGUGCUAUUUCAGAAAGCAUACAACAUCAUUCUCUUUUGGUUUUCGCCUAUUUUGGUCUAUGUGGCAACAUUCGUGGCAUGUUACUUCUUAAAAAUUCCUUUACAUGCAAAUAACCUUUUCACUUUUGUGGCAACUCUGCGCCUUGUGCAAGAUCCGAUUUCAAUAAUCCCAGAUGUAAUUGGAGUGGUCAUUCAAGCCAAAGUUGCAUUUUCACGGAUUGUAAAAUUCCUUGAAGCUCCAGAGCUGCAGAGAGAAAGUGUCAGGAAGAGGUGCUGCAAUGAGAAGCUCAAGGGUUCAACUUUAAUCAAAUCCGCAGACUUUUCAUGGGAAUGUAAUGUAUCUAAGCCAACACUGAGAAACAUAAAUUUAGAGGUUAGACCUGGGCAAAAGAUUGCUAUUUGUGGAGAAGUUGGCUCAGGAAAAUCAACUCUACUGGCAGCAAUUCUUGGAGAAGUUCCUAAUACCAAGGGAAAUAUUGCGGUUUAUGGGAAGCUUGCGUAUGUUUCUCAAACAGCAUGGAUACCAACAGGAACAAUACAGGAAAACAUUUUGUUUGGAUCAGCUUUGGAUGUUCAAAGGUAUCAAGAGACACUUCAUAGGUCUUCAUUGGUGAAGGACCUUGAGUUGUUUCCCCAUGGUGAGCUCACAGAAAUAGGAGAGAGAGGAGUUAACUUGAGUGGGGGUCAGAAGCAACGAGUUCAACUUGCUCGUGCUCUUUAUCAGAAUGCUGAUGUAUAUCUCUUGGAUGAUCCAUUUAGUGCUGUUGAUGCACAAACCGCCACAAAUUUGUUUAAUGAAUACAUAUUGGAAGGUCUUGCAGGGAAGACAGUUCUACUAGUGACUCAUCAAGUUGACUUUCUGCCUGCAUUUGAUUCCAUUUUGUUUAUAUCAGAAGGAACAAUUCUACAAGCUGCCCCUUAUCACCAAUUACUGGUCUCUAGCAAAGAAUUUCGGGAGCUUGUCAAUGCUCACAGAGAGACAGCUGGUUCUGGUCAGCUUGCAAAUGGGACUUCUACCCAGAGACAUUCAAAUUCUGGCAGAGAGAUUAGUCAAAUUUUCGUAGAGAAGCAAUUUAAACCAUCAAAAGAUGAUCAACUAAUUAAGCAAGAAGAGAGAGAAAGGGGAGAUAUAGGGUUGAAGCCUUAUUUACAGUAUCUGAAUCAGAACAAAGGUUACAUAUACACCUUUGUGGCCUCUCUAUCUCACCUUCUGUUUGUGAUCUGCCAGAUAUUGCAAAACUCAUGGAUGGCUGCCAAUGUUGACAAUCCCCAAGUCAACACACUGCAAUUGAUUGUUGUUUACUUGCUUAUUGGAGUUAGUUCUACAGUGUUCGUGGUUAGCAGAAGUCUUCUUGCAGUUGCUUUGGGCCUUCAAUCGUCAAAAUAUUUAUUUUCUCAGUUGGUGAAUUCCCUAUUCCGUGCACCUAUGUCUUUUUAUGACUCCACACCUUUGGGAAGGAUACUUAGCAGGGUCUCAUUGGAUUUGAGCAUUGCGGAUCUUGAUAUCCCAUUUGUUCUCACAUAUACCGUUGGAUCUACUAUAAACUGCUAUGCUGAUCUCGUAGUUUUGGCUAUCAUUACGUGGCAAGUCUUGUUUGUUGCUGUAGCAAUGGUUUAUUUUGUUAUCCGAUUGCAGAGACACUACUUGGUCGCUGCAAAAGAAUAUAUGAGAAUGAAUGGCACAACCAAGUCCUUUGUAGCUAAUCAUGUAGCCGAAACUGUUGCUGGAGCAAUUACUAUAAGGGCUUUUGAAGAGGAAGAUCAGAGGCUAAACCAGUAUAUGCAUAUACCAAGUGAGGCCGAAGAAGUAAUAAAAGGAAAGCGCCCUCCUUUGAAUUGGCCAGAUGCAGGCAAAGUAGAAAUAUAUGAUCUGCAGAUAAGAUAUAGGCCACAAGAGCCACUUGUACUCGAUGGUAUCACUUGCACUUUUGAAGGAGGGCACAAGAUUGGUAUUGUUGGAAGGACAGGCAGUGGAAAGUCAACUCUUAUCAGUGCUUUGUUUCGUCUUGUGGAGCCAGCAGGUGGAAAAAUCAUAGUUGAUGGCAUAAACAUCUCUUCUAUUGGCCUUCAUGAUUUGAGCUUCCAUGUGAAGGUUCUCGGUAAAUGUCAAUUGCAAGAGGCAGUCCAGGAUAAAGAAGGUGGCUUAGACUCGUCAGUUGUUGAAGACGGAUCCAACUGGAGCAUUGGACAAAGGCAGUUAUUCUGUUUGGGGCGUGCUCUUUUGAGGAGAAGUAAGAUAUUGGUCUUGGAUGAAGCUACUGCAUCAAUUGAUAAUGCAACCGAUUUGAUUCUACAGAAAAGCAUUAGGACUGAGUUUGGAAAUUGUACAGUAAUCACUGUAGCCCACAGGAUACCAACGGUGAUGGAUUGUACUAUGGUUCUUGCCAUCAGUGAUGGAAAAUUGGUAGAGUAUGAUGAGACAAUGAACCUGAUGAAGAAUGAAAAAUCAUUGUUUGGUCAGCUUGUCAAGGAAUACUGGUCUCAUUUUCAGUGUGCAGAAUCACAUUGA